UAUAGAACAAUAAGCGUUCCUAGAACCUCCUUACUAUAAAAAGCGGACGCCAUGACAGAAGUAACCCCAUCAUAUCAUAAUUCAUAUUCAUAGUUUCAAAAACACAAUUAAAUUGAGUCCAAAAAAAUGAGUAGCAAUAACGAUCUAAACCAUAGUUUGAUCCUAACGGUGUUGCUACUCAUAGCAUUUGCAACGAAGAGUGAGGAAUCAAAACAGAUUCCAGCACUGUAUGUGUUCGGUGAUUCACUUGUUGACAGUGGUAACAACCACUAUGUGCCAGGAGAGGAUCCGCAAAAUUACUUUCCUUAUGGCAUAGAUUUCGGCACACCCACUGGUCGCUGCACUAAUGGCAAAACUGUUGCUGAUUUCCUUGCUAUAUACCUUGGUCUGCCUUUUGCCCCUGCGUACUUGGGACUUUCAAACAGAGUCAUAACUACAGGCAUAAAUUACGCAUCGGCGGGUUCUGGAAUUUUGCCAGACACCAAUAAUAAAACUUCAUUUAUAAUGGACGAACAAAUAAGGGGAUUCGAGAGGACAGUUAAGGAGAUUUUGCCAAAGGGGUUAGGUGAAGAAGCAGUGGAGAAGCAUGUAUCUGAAUCCUUGUUUUUGGUAUCUUCAGGUGUGAAUGAUCACUUCAAAAACAAAACGUUUCGUGGUAGUAGGAAAUUUGCUUCCUACCUCAUAAAUGAAUUCAAAAUACGCUUGCAGAUACUUCAUAGCCUAGGAGCAAGAAAAUUCUUUGUGAACAAUGUUCCUCCAGCAGGGUGCUUUCCAUCAAUAUCUCUGCACUCAAAACCAAUAGGAAAGUGUAGUGAGAAGAUGAACAAACGGAUCUCCUUUUACAAUAAGAAAUUGCUUAUUUUACUCCAUGAAUUGCAGACUCAGCUUCCGGGUUUUACCUUUGUCCAUUCAGAUCUCAACAAGAGCAUCAUGGAGAUAAGACAAAACCCACAUAAAUAUGGGAUCGUAGAAGCAACCAAACCAUGUUGCCCUCGAAGCAUCAAUGGUGAUCUGGCAUGCCAUUCAUGUAGUGAUUUUUGUGCAAACAGAAACACAUAUAUUUUCUUUGAUGACCAUCCAACCGAGAGAGCCAACCAAAUAUAUGCAACAAAGUGCUUCAUUGACCAUGCUAUCUGCACUCCUCGCAUAAACAUCAGACACUUUCUAUAAAUUUUAUUUUCUUAAAUAAAUCAGGUACCUCUAAGCUAACGUCUAAGCUCUGAAUCAAUCUUACGAUGUUAGUGUUUUGAAUCUGGUUAUUAAAUUGGAUGGACGUUUUAUAUCCAAAAAGAGUGACUUUG